AUGGCUGGCAGAGUGAGUGGCAGCAGAAGCGGCGGGAGCAGAGAGAGAAGAGUCGGCAAGGGCGCAUGGGCGCCACUGCAGCGCCUCUGGGGGCUCCUCCCACAGGCCUGUGUUCAUUGCCACUGGUGCGCCUCUGGGGGAGUGUUCAUUGCCACUGGUGCGCCUCUGGGGGAGUGUUCAUUGCCACUGGUGCGCCUCUGGGGGAGUGUUCAUUGCCACUGGUGCGCCUCUGGGGGAGUGUUCAUUGCCACUGGUGCGCCUCUGGGGGAGUGUUCAUUGCCACUGGUGCGCCUCUGGGGGAGUGUUCAUUGCCACUGGUGCGCCUCUGGGGGAGUGUUCAUUGCCACUGGUGCGCCUCUGGGGGAGUGUUCAUUGCCACUGGUGCGCCUCUGGGGGAGUGUUCAUUGCCACUGGUGCGCCUCUGGUGCGCCUCUGGGGAGUGUUCAUUGCCACUGGUGCGCCUCUGGGGGAGUGUUCAUUGCCACUGGUGCGCCUCUGGGGGAGUGUUCAUUGCCACUGGUGCGCCUCUGGGGGAGUGUUCAUUGCCACUGGUGCGCCUCUGGGGGAGUGUUCAUUGCCACUGGUGCGCCUCUGUGGGCUACUCCCACAGUUAUCGCGGCUCGCGCUGCCACUGCUUCUAAUGGGAUGGGAUGCCGCGGAAAAGGGGGGAAAUGGAGGGAGCGUGAGAGCGCGGGUGGAAGGGAGGGAAGAUGGUCCCCUCCUAUCGUGCUUGAGGCAGCGCGCGUGCGAUCGUCACCGAUCUCCACCACGAAUUCUACAUCCCACAGGCUGACUAGCGCGGCCGCUAGCAGCAGCAGCGCUAGCAGCGGGUGGGACCUCCGCAGGCAGGAGAAGCGGGAGAAGCGGGAGAAGCGGGGGAAGAGGGGGAAGAGGCCGGCGGUUCGUCGCCGAUCAAAGGAAGGCUGGCGUGAGAGUGAGAGAGACGACUUGACGGGCGUGAACGAGAACGGCCACGAUUGCAGCCAGAACCGCAGCGACGAUCGCAGCCGUCGGAGGAUCCUGUUGCAGCGGAGAACGCGGGGAGGGGGGAGGAUGGAGCCGGCAGAGGGGGGCCGCGGAAUGCCGGCCGCUGAUAGCGGUCGGAGCCAGAGCGAGUGUUUCUGGUGCUCAAGGACGACCGCGUGGUGCGCUGCAUGCUGCCUGCUCGCACCCAAUCUAACCACCUCCUCCACCCCCUUCCAACCCCCCUUCCACCCCACACUCACUCCCCCUCACCAGUCGGAGCCCGAGCGAGUGUUCCUGGUGCUCAAGGACGACCGUGUGGUGCGCUGCAUGCUGCCGCCCCUCGACCGCGACCCCUCCUUCUGGGCGGCAUGGAAGGAUCUCAGCCUAGAUUCGCUCACCAUCAACGCCUUCUCGCCGCCGCCCGCGCCGCCCGUCAUGCAGCCGUGGGGGCUCUGGGGUCCUUCCUUGAAGUUUCUGCAGGACUGGGGGUGGGUGGGGGGAGGGGAGGGCCGGCGGGAGGGGGUUGGGGGGAAGGGGAAGGGGGGAGCGGAGGGGGCGGGGGAGAGUGCGGGGAAGGGGAAAGGGAAGCCGUUGACUGCUAAGCAGAAAGCGGAAGCUGCUAUGAAGGAGCGGGUGAGGAGGCUUGCAGAAGAGAGGAAGGAGACGGAGAGGAGGAGGGUGGAGAAGGAAAGAGAGCUGAAGAGGCAAAGAGAGGAGAGGAUUCGGAUGGAAAGGGAGGAGAGGAGGAGGGCGGAGAGGGAGGAGAGGGAGCAGCAGAAGCAGGAGGAGCAGGAGCAGAGAGGGGGCGGUGCGAAAGCGAAAAAACGGGGAGCAGAGGAGAAGAAUGUGGAGGCGAGGAGAAAGAAGCUAGUGGCUCAGGUGGCCAGUCAGGAGCGCUGGGGUUCGUUCUACAAGCAGGCGGCUAAUAACGAGGGCGUGCGGUUCCUGAUCGGGGCGGCGUUCUUUGUCUUUUUCUACUUUGGGAUUAUUGUGAAUGUGAAGAAGAAGAGGAAGGAUUACGAGGAUCGGAUCAAGUUGGAGCGGGCGGCGGAAGAGGAGAGGAGGAAGAUGGAGGGGUGGGAGGAGGAUAUGGAGGAGAUGGAAGCGAGGGAGGAGGAGGAGGCGGAGAAGGAGAAAGAGAGGGAGAAGAAGAGAGGGAAGAAGGCCGGGGUGGUGGUUGCGAAGGGGAAGGAUGGGAAGGAGGCGGAGGAUGGGAAGGGUGAGGGGAAGGGCGAGGGCGAGGGGGAGGGGAAGGUGGAGGAGGAGAAGAACCAGGCCAUUCUGGCCGGCAUGCGGUUCAUGCGGUCCGGAGCUAAAGUUCGGCGCGCACGCAAGGGCAAGCGCACGCGUCGCCCCACCUACCUGGACCUGAGCGCAGAGGUGAAAUUCUCCGAUGUAGCUGGGUUGGGUGAAAUCAGGCGAGAGCUGGAGGAGGUGGUGGAAUUCUUCCAGUCCGCGGAGAAGUACCGCCGCCGCGGCUCCAAGAUCCCUUCGGGCAUCCUGCUGUGCGGCGAGCCGGGCAGCGGGAAAACUUUGCUGGCCAAGGCGGUGGCAGGCGAGGCGGGAGUGAGCUUCUUCUCGGUGUCGGCGAGUCAGUUCGUGGAGAUCUUCGUGGGCGUGGGGGCCAGCCGCGUGCGCGCGCUGUACAACGAGGCCAGGGAGAACGCGCCGUCGGUGGUGUUCAUUGAUGAGCUGGACGCUGUGGGACGACAGAGAGGGCUCACUGAGGGGUCUGGCGGGCAGGAGAGAGACGCCACGUUGAACCAGCUGCUGACGUGUCUGGAUGGAUUUGAGGGCAGAGGUGACGUCAUCACCAUAGCAGCCACCAACCGGCCGGAUAUUUUGGACGCUGCCCUGGUGCGGCCGGGCAGGUUUGACAGAAAGAUUUACAUCCCGAAGCCGAGUCUCAAGGGGCGCGCUCAGAUCCUGGAGGUGCACAGCCGCAACAAGGUGUUGGAUGAUGACGUGGACUUUGAGGCGGUAGCGCAGGUGACAGAUGGCAUGUCGGGCGCUGAGCUGGCGAACGUGGUUGACGUGGCGGCGCUCAGAGUGCUGCGGGAGAACCGAUCCGAGAUCACAACAGACGACAUGCUGCAAGCCGCCAUGCUGGAGGAGGGAGGGUACCCGUCGCCCCACGAGGGCAGCCCAAUCAGGCAGCGCCAGCUGGCACUCAACGAGGCGGCGCUGGCUGUAGUGGCGUUCAACUUCCGCGACUUCCAGAACAUUCAGCUGAUCACGGUGGUGCCGCGAAUGACGGAGGAGAAGGGUUCAGUGCGGUACAAGCUGGUGGACACGCAGAAGAUGAAGGCCAACUUCAUCUCUGCCUCGUGCCUGCGUGACUUCAUCACCGUUCAGCUGGCGCCCAUGGUGGCCGAUGAGAUGUGGAACGGCGCCGAGGAGACGUGCACCAUCUGGGCGGACCACGCUGACGUGGCACGCCGCACAGCGCGCCAGGUGGCUCUCAACGGUUUGUCAGCGCCGAGUGAGGAGGGCGCGUUGUACGGCAUCGGCGUGGCGGCUGUAGACGCACCGUGGCGCCGUGAGGCUGUUGAUGCCGACGCUUCCCGCAUUCUUGAGGAGUGCCGCACCCGCGCUGCUCAGGUGGGUGUGGUUGAGAUGGGAGUGGUUGCGGAGGGGACGGUUGCGGUGGGUGCGAGUGAGGAGGCCGCACUGUAUGGCAUCGGCGUGGCGGUUGUGGAUGCACCGUGGCGCCGCGAGGCCGUUGAUGCCGACGCUUCCCGCAUUCUUGAAACAGUGCCGCUCCAGGGCUGCUCAGAUGAGAUCCUGCAGCGCAACCACAGUCUGGCGGAUGCACUAGUGGACAAGCUGGGCGAGCUUCAAUACCCUCGUCUGUCCCUUACGCGCCCCUCCCUCUGCCCUCCCCUCCCCCUUUCCAAACCCUCCUCGUCUGAGUCUGCGGCGCAACUGCAGUCUGGUGGACGUGCUAGUGGACAAGCUGGGCAGGGCAAGCUCCUGCGCAAUCGCAGUCUGGUGGAUGCACUAGUGGACAAGCUGAUAGAGGAGAAGGCGAUGGGCGGCGAGGAGUUUGCCAGCCUGGCGCGGCAGUACGGGUCGUUUGACACGCCGCCGCCCUCCCCCGUGGAGAUGAGGGACCGCCAGCUGGCACGGUUCCGAGAGGCCAUGAUGGCCGGCGAGAAGGAGCGGGCGGCACGUGUGCUGCUGGCUGACCCUGUUGCUGUGGAGUGA